AGCUAUCUACCUGUGCCUUUGAUCUUUCUUGCAAUCUCUGAUUUUGACAACUUUCACACACAAGAAAAAAGAAAAAACUCGGGCAAACUACCACGCCUCUGUGAAGAUCUGCACCGUUGCUAUUUGUUAAUGAAGUAAGCAGCAGUUGUACUCUGCUCAAAUGCAUAGUCAAUGAAGAAAUCAACGGUUUCCGACAAGAUUCACGAUAGUUGAUUCCAAGAUUCUCCAACCAGAAACCUAAACCCCACUUGGGAUUCCGAUCCUUUCCGUUUCCUGCAUAAAUCUAUGUCAAAUCAAGAUCCAAGUUGACUUUACCGAGUUCCCUCAACAAAAUCUUGUAAAAAAGAUUAGAUUUUUCCAGCCUCAGAAACAUUUUUGUUCUCGAUUUCGAGUAAUGGGGGAGGAAGAGAGGCUCCCAGUUCACAGCGAUGAAGCGCGGGAGCUUCCGCCGCCGCCUCCGGGGAGAGAGAUGCGGAGAAUUUUGUACAGCCCUGUUGAUUGGUUGAAGAUGCUUGCAAGAGAAUUGCAUUGGAGCUUUGUGUUUGGAGUGGUGAUUGUGUAUGGCGUGAGCCAAGGCUUAGGCGGAGCUCUUGCGAGAGUUGGGACGCAGUUUUACAUGAAGGACGUGCAGAAGGUGCAGCCAUCUGAAGCGCAGGUUUACGCCGGCAUCACUUCUCUUCCUUGGAUCAUCAAGCCGCUCUGGGGUAUCCUCACCGACGUCUUUCCGAUUUCGGGGUAUCAACGGAGACCUUAUUUCGUUUUGGCUGGCGCCCUCGGAAUUGUUUCCAUGCUCUUCUUGUCACUGCACCCAGCACUACACAUAGUAUUAGCAUUGCUUUCAUUGACAGCAGCAAGCGCCAGUGUUGCGAUUGCGGAUGUUACUGUCGAUGCAUGUGUGGCACAGAAAAGUGGCCUUCAUCAUUCCCUGGCAGCUGAUAUGCAAAGCUUAUGCUCCUUGAGCUCCUCAAUCGGGGCUCUCGUGGGAUUUUCUCUGAGUGGUAUAUUUGUUCACCUAAUCGGUCCUCAGGGGGUAUAUGGCCUGUUAACUAUACCAGCUGGGCUCGUCUUCGUAGUUGGUGUACUGCUCAAGGAACAACGCAUAUCCAGCUUUGCUUAUGAACAGAUAAGCCAGAACUUAGCCAAUGCUGGCAAAGCAAUGUGGAACACAUUGAAAUGUCCAGACGUGUGGAGGCCAUGUUUGUACAUGUACUUGUCCUUUUCAUUGGGCCUAAACGUCUCCGAGGGGAUGUUCUAUUGGGCGACAGAUUCACCAGCCGGUCCUUCGUUUUCUAAGGAAAUAAUUGGUUACAUCAUGGCAAUAGGCUCCGUGGGCUCGCUCCUCGGAGCUAUACUAUACCAAUACGGCCUAAAAGACUAUCCCUUCCGGGAUCUUCUCUUCUGGGUCCAAAUCCUAUCCUGCCUCUCCGGGAUGCUGGAUCUGGUGCUAGUGUUGCGCUGGAACUUAAAGCUCAGUGUGCCAGACUUCGUCUUCGUAGUGGUUGAUGCAAGUGUGAGCCAAAUGAUCGGACGCUUGAAAUGGAUGCCACUUCUUGUUCUGAGCUCCAAGUUGUGCCCACCUGGCAUUGAGGGCACCUUCUUUGCCCUGCUUAUGUCAAUAGACAAUGCCGGGCUCCUCACUUCCUCGUGGUUGGGGGGUAUCCUGCUCCACGUCUUGAACGUUACACGUACAGAGUUCGACAACAUGUGGCUUGCCAUUCUGAUCAGGAACAUGCUGAGGAUCGCCCCACUCUUCCUGCUGUUCUUGGUUCCUAGAGCAGAUCCAAACUCCUCUAUCCUUCCUGAUGAUGUUGUCAACAUGAAAGAGGCUAAUGAAGCUCGAGAAGAGUCUGAAAAUGUCGAGCUCGUAGCACUUGUAGACCGCACGGAUGGUGGUAGAUAGGACCGCAGAAGAUGCAGGUGUUCAAAUACCACAAUGCUUAACAUCUCACCUUAGUUUACUAAGCAAAAUUACCCUUUUGUUAGGUCAUUGUAUUCUUUCAUCUUCUUAUAUAUUGAGUUCACUGAAUUUUGUUGAGAUCAGUGUGAUA